AUGGCCCUCCAUCAGCGCCUACUACGUGACAUUGCAGAAUUUCAGUCAAAGCCUUACCCUUUCAUCACGUUCAUUCCGCGGACGGACAUCCACAGUGCCUGUCUUAUUCUCACCCCAGAAGCAAAGAGGCCCAUCCACCUAACGGUGCGCAUUCCGCACGACUUCCCCCUCCACCCACCAACUGUUGCCUGCGACACUCCAAUUCAACACCCCAACGUAUUUGGCAGUUAUAUCUGUGCUAGCAUCCUCAACACACAGGAGGGCUAUACACCGGCGUACACUCUCCAGGGUAUCGCCAUACAGAUAUUGAGCUUCUUCAAUAGCGACCACAUCGAGCAGACAUCGGGCAGGAAGGUCGAUCUGCGAACGUACAAGCAACUUGACAAUACUCGUCCACAGUAUCACUGUCACCUCUGUCAGUUUGGGGCUGUCGGAUCUCAGGAACGGACGCUGUUGGCAGACUCCACGGUCGAAACGGCUAUCGACCCAGUUAUCAUCUUCUGUGACGCGGCCUUCGAAAGCGAUGCUGCACCCACUAAACAGCCUUUAACACGCCUACCGGACGAAAUCUUGGCCCUCGUCUGUGACAAAUUGGAGUCUGAGGAUCUUUCCAAAUUUGCUCGUGCGUGGAACAGGGUUGGUGGCCCUCAGGGUGUUGUAACAAAGUUCAAUAUCCUUCGCAACCGAGAACUGCAAUGCUUCGUUCUCAAGAAAUCCUUCCGGGAAACAACACUGGGGAUCGGCGUGGGUGCUAUUUUCACAGCGGGCAGGAAAAGGAUGAUUGCGAGCGAAUUUGAUCUUCUCUCUGACACUGCCUAUAAAAGCCAUCGCGUCCGGAAAUCUGUCCACGGAGCACCGUUCCGAUGCUGGCUACCUCUCCCUCUAUCGCGAAGCCAUUAUGCUCGAGUCAAGGACCGCAUCAGUGGUUGUCUUGGUAAUAUUGCCAGCGCAGCAGAACUCGGACAGUUGACAGGAUCCGAUAUUGUCUACAACUUCCUGAACGACAUUGUAGUAAGGCUGAGCCAAGCUACACAGCCUAGGAAAUGCAGCCACAGCUUCCAUCAAAGAGUCCCGCAACGCGUCCUCGAGGAGCAAGACAUUAAGAGCACACUGAAACAUGCUUCAGAGAAGGCCAUCGAGUCGUACUUUCACAUAUUCCACCUGCUUUUGUGCUUGGCCACAACUUACGAUUCCGUUGUCCAAGUCGCAAACCGCACGCUCGAAAACUUCAAAAAGGGCUCCACCUCGAAAACCAACUGUCCCAAUCUGGGACAUCUUCUGGUUGCAUCUCUCAUUGCGGAUGUGGACCUCACUCAGCAUCUCCGAAUCGCCAUCAUUCGCGAGGCCGUCACUCGCAAUGUUGUUUGGAUGCUCGAUAGGCGAAACGGCGCCGGUAUGGUAGACCUUGUGUACAUGGAGCCUGACGAAGUGUGCGAAUAUCGACUCACAAAGACAUUUGAAGCUUCCAAGACAUCAUACCGUCUACUCAUGUUCAUCAAUCUGUUUCGUCUGACCGUAAAUCGUGGCAGCGGACCCGGUCGGAAGACUCUCGUUCAAAUGCGCGAAGAGCUCUUUGAUUCGUAUGGCGCCCCACCGUUCGGUGCUGCAGCACGUCUUGCUGCUCAAGUCAAAAAGAUCCAGGAUGUCGACAAUUUUGACGACUUCUUGGCUGUCAUGGGCAUCGAGAAUCUUCCCUCCAAGGCAGAAUUGACCGAUUUUCUCCGGAAAUGCGUGGCAGAAAGCAUGAGAAAGGGUUACUCGAUUCCAGGAGCCAGCCAGACUGAUGCUAAGGCUAUGCGAGAAGGCUCCCAACGCGGACGUGGGCGAGUACGCAGCUUUUUUCCUGGCAGCGGACACCCGGGUUAUGGCUUCCCAGGGCUCGACCGUCGCAGUGCGGGCCGCGGAAGACAACCCGCUGCGUUUGGACGCAACUACCGGGCACGCGGUGGACAGGGCCGAGGACGUGGUCGCAACUUGAUGGGCGUUGCACCGGGCAUCAUGUGA